AUGGAAUUGGACGAUUUACUUCAAAAGCCAUCUCCACAUGGCGUACCAAUGACAAUGGUUAUUGCACGUGGGCCGGCACCAAAGCUAACUUGGAGAAAGGAUUGGAACAAGGGCGUACUAAGGCUCUGGGCGUACUGUCAACAGGCUUCUGCAUCCGUAAUUGGGACGGUGGCAACUGGCAUGGGGAUGCCAGAUGGCAGCGAGGCGAU